AUGAAUUCGCAAACGCAUACACAGCCCCUGCCACUUCAGAAUCAAUUGUCGCAUUCGCAGCAACUUCUACAAGCUUCCCAACAUACAUCCUCACAUCCGCAGCAACAUCCUCAUCCGCAUCCGCAUUCAACACAUUACGCCGAGUGCCGCAUAUUACCAGCAAUCAGCGAGACAUUUCCGCAAUUUAGUCAACAUCGUCCGGCAAUUUCGCUGCUGUCACCAUUGGAUCUAUCCCUGCGUGCAACGACCAACAUUGUGCCAAUUACACCCCCCUCGACGCCUUCGCCACCCCGCAAGCGUCAGAGAUUAAUGUCCGAGGAGAAUUACCUGUGGCGACCGCACAUGGUCACUACGCCGGGUCCCACAGCGACAGCCACAGUGGCCAUGGAAGCAGCAUCGCAUGCUGCGCUUGUCCUGCAGCCUUCUGCCAGUGGCUAUUUCCAACAGGCUCCAGUCCAACCCCAAUUGGGUGGCAGUUGCUUUGGUUUGCGCAGCUUUGAAGGGUCGCCUUAUAAUAAAAGUCAUUUUCACGAGAUGAAAAAUAGCUUUGAACAAAUUUCGGCAAGUCAAUCGAGCGUGGCCAGCCCCAUCUAUGUGGAUGAUGAGACAAUUGUGUUGACCGAGGACGAAGAUGAAACAGUUGUCAGUUCCCAUGACUACAAUGACGGCAACACGGACAUUGAGGAAGGCGAAGAGGACGAAAAUCAGCAGGUAGAUAAGGACAAUGACGGAACCGAUGACGAAGAGGAGGUAUUUGUGGAUGUCCUGGGCAAUGACGAUGACUUGGAUGAGGUAACUGACCUGCAAACGCAGACCACAGCACUCAAGCGUAAUGAGCUACUCUAUGACGAUGAAGAGCUUCAUAAUCAGGCAAUAGAGGGUCUGGCCAAAUUAUUUGAUCGCGACUUCUCACAGCGGCUAGCAGACCAGAGCGAAGUUAAUGAAGAAGUCAACGCAACUAAUGAGAAAACCUACACAGAUUUAAGUAACAAUGCCAUAGUUGAGAAUAGCCCUUGUACGGAUAGUACACGGUCCUCGUUUCUCUCACCACCUCCCAUCCAGCAUUCGCUACCUUUACCAGCCCCUCCCAUCCGACCCCAAAAAGAACGCACCGAACGUAAGCGGACUAAACUCCGUAAACAUACGGCUGUAGAUGAGGAGACCAUCAGUCCUGUAUCCGGUACUAUAAUACGCAAGCUGCGCGACGAUGAGGAAUUGGUAGUUCGCAAAGGUGACAUUGAUCCGGCUUUCAACGUGGUCGAAAUCACUGAAGAGGCCAAGGCCAUUUUGGCCAGCAUCGAUAAUAAGAUUGGCGACUACAUGUGUCAGCUUUGUCGCACUGUCUACGAUGAUGCCUUCAUGCUGGCCCAGCAUCGUUGUCCCCGCAUUGUCCACAUCGAGUACAAGUGCUCCGAAUGCGAAAAGGUUUUCAAUUGCCCUGCCAAUUUGGCCUCCCAUCGACGUUGGCAUAAACCGAAAACGGACUCUGCCAGUGGAGCACAAAGUAAGAAGCGAGCCAGUACCUCGAAUGAGGUACAAAAUGUCAAUGAGGAGUCAAACAGGGUGACUGAUGAUGCAUCUGAUGGGAUUUAUCCCUGUCAUGAUUGUGGCAAGACUUUCCGUCGCCAUGCCUACCUGAAGAAACACCAGGCCUCACAUCAAAUGCUGGAGAAUCUUACAAAUUUGGAUUUCUUUAAAGCACAGCAGUCCCAUCAACAUCAUCACAAUCAUCAGAUGCAUCAGGUGCAGCAACAGCAGCAGCAGCAGCAGCAGCAACAACAGCCCGCCGCCGCUGCAACUGCUUCCGCGUAUGGGGCUCUGCCACGCCCACCACCCCAUUGUUUGCCCAUGUAUCCCACACCAGCGCCAGCAAAGAAUUAUGCCAGUGGUCAGCGUUUGCCCAAUGGCUUUCCAUUUCCACCCUUCGAUCAGCGUCGUUUCUACACUCUGGGUGAGUUGUAUCUCUCCCAGCACUUGGAACGUCAGACAUCGGCCUUUCAGUACGUCCAUGCGAAUCACCUGAGGCAACUGUCGAAUGUGGCCCACAAUCUACUGCCACCCAUGCCAGUCAAAUGACCCAAUCCCAAUGUGUUGCGUCCAGUCCCACGAAUUGCAGCAACAAAUGCAACAGCGCCGACGGCAACAGCAACAGCAACGGCGACAGCAACAACGGCGGCAACACUAAAUCGACAAGUGGACGUGCUACCAACUAGUGGACAUGCCUUCAAUUGGGUUGCCCCAUUACCACCACCUGGACAGGAUGCCAGCAAUGUUGCCAUUUAGAGCCACACAAUUUAAUUAGUUCAAGUUUAUUAAAUAAAUUAAUUAUGCAAAAUA